AUGACUUCUGGCAUGCAAUUCACCGACAGGGCCUCCAAGGCUCUGAACGACGCCCAAGAACUCGCACAACAAUACUCUCACUCGCAACUAUUACCCCUCCAUCUCGCCGUCGCCCUCAUCGACCCGCCGCCGGACAUGUCCAAGGACCAGCAAAAUGGCCCCGGCGACCCCACACCGCUCUUCAAGCAAGUCGUCGAGCGCGCUCACGGCGAUCCUCAGCUGCUGGACAGAGCGCUGAAGAAAGCCCUAGUGCGCUUGCCUAGCCAAGACCCGCCGCCCGACCACAUCUCGCUGUCGCCGUCCUUCUCCAAAGUCCUACAGGCCGCAGGAAAGCUGCAAAAGACCCAGAAGGACAGCUAUGUCGCCGUCGAUCACCUUAUCCAGUCGCUGGUCCAGGAUAGCACCAUCCAAAGAUGUCUCGCCGAGGCCAACAUCCCCAAGCCGGACCUAGUCGACCAGGCAAUCCAGCAGAUCAGAGGCUCGAGGCGCGUCGACUCCAAGACGGCCGAUUCGGAAGAGGAGAACGAGAACCUCAAGAAGUUCACCAUCGACAUGACGUCAAUGGCAAGAGAAGGCAAGAUCGAUCCUGUCAUUGGCCGUGAGGAGGAGAUCAGGCGAGUGAUCCGCAUCCUUUCGAGACGCACCAAGAACAACCCCGUCCUCAUCGGUGAGCCUGGUGUCGGUAAGACGACCGUCGUUGAAGGCCUGGCUCUCCGAAUUGUCAACGCAGAUGUGCCCGCCAAUUUGGCUGCCUGCAAGCUGCUUUCGCUUGACGUCGGCGCUCUGGUUGCCGGCAGCAAGUACCGCGGAGAGUUUGAGGAACGCAUGAAGGGUGUCUUGAAGGAGAUUGAAGACUCUAAAGAAAUGAUCGUGCUCUUCGUCGAUGAGAUCCAUCUGCUCAUGGGCGCUGGAUCCAGCGGCGAGGGUGGAAUGGAUGCCGCAAACCUGCUCAAGCCUAUGCUCGCUAGAGGCCAGCUGCACUGUAUCGGUGCAACCACUCUUGGCGAGUACAGGAAGUACAUUGAGAAGGACCAGGCAUUCGAGCGUCGUUUCCAACAAGUUCUAGUCAAGGAGCCAACCAUUCCCGAGACCGUCUCCAUCCUUCGUGGUCUGAAGGAGAGAUACGAAACUCAUCACGGUGUUACGAUCCUUGAUGGAGCAAUCGUCAGCGCCGCAUCACUUGCUGCGCGCUAUCUCACUCAGCGCCGUCUGCCCGACUCCGCUGUCGACCUUAUUGACGAGGCCGCAGCAGCCGUCCGCGUGACUCGCGAGUCUCAGCCCGAAGCUCUCGACAACUUGGAACGGAAGCUCCGCCAGCUUCAAAUCGAAAUUCACGCCCUCGAACGCGAGAAGGACGAGGCUGCCCAGGCUCGUCUCCGCGAAGCGAAGGCUGAAGCCGCCAACGUUGAGGAGGAGCUGAAGCCGCUGCGCGAGAAGUACGAGAAGGAAAAGGAGCGCGGCAGGGACAUCCAGGAAGCCAAGAUCAAACUCGACCAACUCAAGGUCAAGCGCGCAGAAGCUGAACGUAUCGGCGACCUAUCGACUGCUUCGGAUCUCCAAUACUACGCCAUUCCUGAUGUCGAGCAACGUAUUGCCAGCCUGGAGAAGGCCAAAGCGAAGGCCGACGCUGAGAUGUACAAAUCAGACAAUGACGGGCAGUCUCUGCUCACCGAUGCCGUCGGGCCAGAUCAGAUCCAAGAAAUUGUCGCCCGCUGGACUGGCAUCCCCGUCACCCGUCUCAAGACCACGGAGAAGGAUAAGCUGCUCAACAUGGAGAGGCAUCUCGGCAAAGUCGUCGUCGGCCAGAAGGAGGCCGUCACCUCGGUCGCCAACGCCAUCCGUCUGCAGCGGUCUGGUCUCGCCAAUCCGAACCAGCCGCCCAGCUUCCUCUUCUGCGGUCCUUCCGGUACCGGUAAGACGCUGCUCACCAAGGCCCUCGCCGAAUUCCUCUUCGAUGACCCGAAGGCCAUGAUCCGCUUCGAUAUGUCCGAGUACCAGGAGCGGCACUCGCUGUCGCGUAUGAUCGGCGCACCGCCCGGCUACGUCGGUCACGAUGCAGGCGGCCAGCUGACCGAGGCACUCCGGCGCCGGCCCUUCUCCAUCCUGCUCUUCGACGAGGUCGAGAAGGCGGCCAAGGAAGUCCUGACGGUGCUCCUUCAGCUCAUGGACGACGGCCGCAUCACCGACGGCCAAGGCCGCAUCGUCGACGCGCGCAACUGCAUCGUCGUCAUGACAUCCAACCUGGGCGCCGAGUACCUCGCCCGGCCCAACGCGCCCGACGGCCGCAUCGACCCGACCACCAAGGAAAUGGUCAUGGGCGCGCUGCGCAACUACUUCCUGCCCGAGUUCCUCAACCGCAUCAGCUCGCUCGUCAUCUUCAACCGCCUCACCAAGCGCGAGAUCCGCAAGAUCGUUGACCUGCGCGUCUCCGAGGUGCAGAAGCGCCUGGCCCAGAACGGCCGCAACGUCAACAUCGACAUGUCGAUGGAAGUACGCGACUACCUGGGCUCCGCCGGCUACAGUCCGGCCUACGGCGCCCGCCCGCUCGCCCGCCUCAUCGAGAAGGAGGUCCUCAACCGCCUCGCCGUGCUCAUCCUGCGCGGCGCCAUCCGUGACGGCGAGACGGCCAGGGUCGUCCUCGAGAACGGACACGUCCAGGUCCUGCCCAACCACACCGACAGCGAGGGCUCGGAAGACGAGGACAUGUACGACGAUGACGAUGCGAUCGAGGAGUUGGAGGACGCUGACGGCGGAAUGGACCUGUACGAUGAUUGA